GUAACUCAGGAACUUGUUGCUGUCACGGGGCGGGCCUUAGAUGUUGUUUGUUGAGGCGGGGGUGUAAUUCAAGGGGAGGAAAGUCGAGUAAGGGAGUGGGAGCUCCAACGUUAAGCGCUCUGAGAGAUGAAGCCAGGCGUCUUUCUUGGUCGUCCUCUUUUUAAUUGCAAAACAGCAGUCUGAAGUUCGUUUUCUGCACCAGAGGCUGGCGCAUUAUCGCCUCCAGCGCGAGGAAGAGUUUAUUUUAAAGCACCGAGAGUGAAUGCACGGUUUUCCGGUAGGUCGGUUUGUGUCCGAGUGCGCCAGAAACGAGGGUUAACCCCAGGAAGGAGGGAUGGUGGACAAUUCCGGUAGCAGCAAGGCGCAAAUGCCCAGCUUGUCCCAGGAGGGUGGUCUAGGAGGUACUUACUCCCAGGGUGGGCCAGUGGGGGUGAAGCUGGAGGCAGUGAUGGAGCAGUUGCAGCGGCAGCAGCAGGCAAGACUGGAGAUGGAGCGUAAGGAGAGACACAUGCGCGAGGCCCACAUUAUGUACGCCCAGCAAGUGGCUGCCCAGCAGGCUAUCCUGGCAGCUGCCAGGGCAUCAGGGUCCCCGCUGGGGUCCGCAGUGCUGGGCAAGGGCCUUGGGCGAGGGCCCCCUGGAGGUGGACAUCAGUCGAGGGUCUCAAACCAGAGCAGUGUGGAGUCAGAGCGGGAGGACGAAGAUGACCGAGGGCGGGGCUCAGAAGAGGAAGAUGACGACGAAGAGGAGGAGAUGAUGGAGGACGAAGAUGGUAGUGAAGAGGAUGAGGAGCGAGCAGGCAUGGGGUUGGAGUACCUUCGAAAGCAGACCCUCGCCCUCCAACAGGGAGUCCCCCAUAUCCCCCCCGGCCCGUAUCCACCUUACCCCUCCUCCUCUCCCCCGGCGCCUGGCGUCCAGCGCAGCCCCUCGCCCCCAGUCAGGGUGAAACAAGAGCCAGAGGACGAGGACCAGUCCCCAGCGGGCCCCCAUUUGUUCACAUCACCGAGUGGACAGGCUGACUGGGCCUAUGAUGAGCAGUUCAAACAGCUGAAUGGAAGCAGCACCUGGGGUGAGGAAGCUGAUGGUGGAAGAGCGAGAGGAGAAGCCUCCAGAGAUUUCUGCAAGCUAUAUGAACUAGACAGUGACCCCAAUCGAAAAGAGUUCCUAGAUGACCUGUUUGCCUACAUGCAGAAAAGAGGAACCCCAGUCAACAGGAUCCCCAUCAUGGCCAAGCAGGUGCUGGACCUGUACAUGCUGUACAAGCUGGUGACGGAGAAGGGUGGCCUGGUGGAGGUCAUCAACAAGAAGAUCUGGAGGGAGAUCACCAAGGGGCUGAACCUGCCCACCUCCAUCACCAGCGCGGCCUUCACCCUCCGCACUCAGUAUAUGAAGUACUUGUACCCGUAUGAGUGUGAAAAGAAAGGCCUGAGCUCUCCUGGGGAGCUGCAGGCCGCCAUCGACAGCAACCGCCGCGAGGGGCGUCGCCCCAGCUACAGCACCAGCCUGUUCCGCUUCUCGCCUUCCCCCAGCACUGCACCCCACAUCCUCACUCCUCCCAAGAUGCACCUGUCCUCGCUGGGGGGCGGGGUCUCCGCGGUUCACAAUGGCAUACAGGCAUCACCAGGCCCCUCCCUCAAAAAAGCUAUAGAAGAGGGCUCCCCGGCGCUCAUGUCCAGCCGGCUGCCCAUGGCCAUGGCUCUGGGGCAGCAGCAGCUGGCGCGGGCCGCCACCCUGGAGCAGCUGCGGGUGAAGCUGGAGACAGGCGACGGGCCCGAGAGGAAGAUGGCGCGGCUGGCCGAGGAGCAGCAGCGCCUGAUGCAGCAGGCCUUCCAGCACAACCUGCUGGCCAUGGCGUCCCAGGUCCCCAUGAACCUGCGCCUCAACAGUGCUCGCGAAGACAAGCAGGACCUGGCGCUUAGCAUCUCCUCCAACGGAUCCACCAGCAUCAGCGUGUCUGUGGAGGUCAACGGCACGCUUUACUCAGGGAUGUUGUUUGCCCAGAAGUCUGCAGCUGCUGGUGCCGCGGCGUCUGCUACAGCGCCCUCUGCUGGCCCUAGUGGAGGCUUUGGGAUUUUGUCCUCUGCUCACAGCCCCGGCGUCUCCUCCUCCUCUUCUAAGGGCCCCAGCUCUGCUGAGCCCUCCACCAGUGGCUCACCCUAGCUGGAGCUCCCCACCACCCGCUCCCCAGGUCUCUCUACAAACACCUAGGCCCAGCAGGGAUUCCGUGAAUACAUCUAUAGAUCAACCUGACUGAUGGAAAAAAACAAACUGUUGCACAACAAAUACCUCGUCACUCCUGUCGACCUUGGCUGUUCAUACACGGUGCACACUCAGACAUGCAAACAUUCAUGCGAACACGUGUCGCGUAAAUAACAUUCAAAUUAUCAUGCAGUCAGCAGACCACACUCAAACACUAAAGACACGCGCACACAUGCAUACAUACAUACACAAACACGCACACGCGCACACACAGCCAAAAACACUGACAGGUGGUCAAAUGAACUUGAAGAUUUUUCGUUUUGUUUGCCAUUUAUUGUCUUUUGAUUUUCAAUUUUAGUGUAAUUUUCUCCAUGUACGUAAUACUUACCUCACAUAAAGUAAUCUGCAGUGCUUUGGUAAAACAAGUAUCUAUACCUCAUGAGCUGUUGUAUACUUAAGAUGAAUUAACUGUUUUUUUUGUAGCUACAGUUUUGUUCUUUGGUCACAAGACAGGAAAUCUUUGGUUGAUCUCUAUGCAUUGAAAGCCCCGUCAGCUUAUUCAAGAUGGUUCCCUAAACUUCUGGGGACCAUAACUGUGGACUGCGGAUAAUACCGGUCAGUUCCAUAACAUGUUUGAAAGAGCUUUUUUAUUCUCUUUCACUGUUAAUUUAGUAUCGCACCACUUUCACUUUUUCUUCCAGGAAUAUUUUCUUUUUUUGUUAAGGUUUUGAUCAACGUGUGUUCAUUAAUAUGAAUUACAGGAGGAGUUCACAGUUCUGUGCAAACCCAGCAGUACAGAAAGAGAGAGGGCACUAAUUUCCUACCACGAGUCUGACGGUGUUCGAGCCCUCUCUCUGCUCCUUUCUGCAGCACCUGUCAAUCACAAUAACAGUGGGCUUUCCUGAAGACCUCGGCACAGAGCAUUGUGCUGUAUGUUUGCAGUUUGAUUUUUAUAUAUAUUUAUGUAUACAUAAGAAAAAAAAGCGUGUUUUUACUUUUUCUUUCUCUCGGCAUUAUCACCGGACCAGAUUUUUUUUUGUUGUAAACUGCCAUUUCAAUUUCAGACCUCACUUUUUGGCUUUCCAUAUUGGAAAAUUUCUCAGGAAGAACAGAGGUGUUUCCACAGGACUCACUUCAUCACAAAAAGCUUUGUACCAAAAAAAAAAAAAAAAGAAAAGGAACAAUCCACAACCACUCAAGACUGAGAAAUACCUCAGAGACUCUUAUGGAGAACAACAUUACAUACCUCAUGCAAUCAAUCUGGCGAGACUUGACUUCAUUUGAAACUCUGUCACCACCCACUGUCUGCGGAGGAGUGCUGAAUCAGAACUCUGGACUGCAGACUGGAUUUGACUUUAAAGAGAACUCACUUCCGGGUUUCUGAUGAACAUCAUGUGUAAACGGGGAGGGCGCGUCCCUUCCCGUAGUGCGUUUCAUAUCUUGAGACAUUUUUAAAAGUUAAGCGUCCUGCUCGGGUACAAUCAGGUGGCCAGUAUUUAACCUUUAUUCUCCGCUUGGCCAUGUUUGCCUCAGAUUACUGCACAGCUAUGAAUGCCAAAGAUCAGCCCAGUCUGUGUCCCAGUCCUUAAAUCCACUUUAACCCUUGUGUGGGCACAGCGUGUCACUGUUCAGGUCAAGCUGGUGCUUUUUAAUUAAAGAAUCGUUUGAUGCAGAAGACAAA